CUGUAUAUACAGGAGAAGAGGUUACUAGCUCCUUGCUCCCCGCAUUUUAGUCACCUCUUACAACACGCAUGGCUUAUGGAGGAAGAAUUCUGUUCCGCUUCCCCAUGGAGUGUGAGUGGCCUGCACUGAGUCCAGAGACAGCCAAUCCAAAUAUAACUGAUAAAGGAACUGUGGUCCGUGCCAUGAUUCUUGCCGACACCCAUUUACUAGGUCGUAGAAAUGGACAUUGGUUCGACAAAUUACGUAGAGAAUGGCAGAUGCAUCGUGCCUUUCAAACAGCUGUUACUCUGCACAGACCGAACGUGUUCAUAUUCUUAGGUGAUCUCUUUGAUGAAGGGAAGUGGUGCAAGCCAGAGGAAUUUGACGAAUACGUGGAAAGAUUUCAUGAUUUGUUCUACAUACCAGUGGACUCCCAUGUUCUAAUAGCUGUUGGGAACCAUGAUAUUGGUUUCCAUUACAGCUUAAGUCCAUAUUUUGUGAAUCGCUUUCAAAGGGCUUUCGACUCUGGUCCUGUGAAGCUGCAGCAAAUUGAGGGUGUUACCUUUGUUAUUAUUAACAGUAUGGCUCUAGAGGGAGAUGACUGCUUCCUCUGUAAGCCAGCACUCGACAAGAUCAAGAGUAUAUCAAAGCAGCUGAGCUGUGCUGCUGGUAACAGUGAAGUUUGUCAACACUGGCAGAGCCCGAUACUCAAGCAGUACAGCCAGCCAAUCAUCUUGCAGCACUAUCCACUUUUCCGGGAUUCUGAUGAAGUAUGCAAUGAACCAGACGAAGCCCCAGAAGAUCUGAAAUAUAUUAGGUUCAGAGAGCGAUGGGAAUGCAUAUCUAAAGAUUCAACAGAACUGUUACUUGAAGAGUUAUCACCUCGGCUGGUUCUUAGUGGUCACACCCACCAUGGUUGUCACAUCAAACAUUUGAACAAAGGCUCAGAGGUACACGAAUACACCAUUGCUUCAUUUUCUUGGCGGAAUAAAAAGAGUCCUACAUUUUCCAUGCUGAGUGUGAGUUCCAACAAUUACUCCAUCUACAAGUGCCACAUGCCUCAAGAGAGAACUGUGUUUGCAAUGUAUACUGUUGCUGCAUUGUUUUUGAUAGCAUGGAUGGUGAAGAAGAGGCUCAGAUCACAGGGUAUUAUUUAUACAAAAGUGUCUCGGUACAUAGACUAGAAUAGUUUAUACUCGUAAUUGUUUUUUACGAAAGGAUCUCAAGACAGCAUUAGUAGUAAAGGUGCUCCUUGACUUACAAUGUGGUUAUGUUCUGACCAACCCAUCAUAAGUUGAAUGUGGAUAUGCUAAAUAAAUAAGCAAAUAAAUGUCAUCACUGAUUAAAUAAACAAGCAGUUACUUUAAAUACCAGCAUUGAAAAGUAAAAAAUUGUAUACAAGUUACGAACUUGCUGCCUUCAUGCUGGGUAAUCUUAAGUUUCAUCGGCAGCGUACAGGAGGACCUCACUUAUACAGCAGGUUAGGUUCUGGGCUACUGCUGUAAAGCCAAAAUCACUGUAAAGUAAAACAUAGCCUCUUUUCACUUUCAAAUGCAUAUAAAAGCCUGAUAACAUGUUUACACUAUCAUAUAUUAAGUGAUCAGUAGAGCUAGGCCAUAAAGAUUCAUAUACAGUACACACAAGCUAUAAGCUAAGCACAAAUAUUUUUGUGCUUAGCUUAUAGUGAGUGGUGAAUAUAUUUAUUGUAGGUCUAAAUAAAGGAAGAACGAAUAUAAUUGAAAGCCUCUGCACUAGCAAAACACUGUAAAGUGAAGCGCUGUAAAACGGGGCCCACCUGUAAUUGCUUUUGCACCAUUGUUAAGUCGAAAUAUUGUGAGUUGAACCAUCAUAAAUUGAGGAGCAUCUGUAUAUUAAAAGUGCCAAAGACACUAAUUAAAUAUAAAAAAUUCAGGGCAUUUUACAUCAGAGAUUUUAAUUAACUACAGGCAGUUACGAGGCAGGUUUGUUUAAUAAUGGAUCUUGCAAGAUUACAAGUGUUUGAAAUGUUUUACAGCAGUGUCUUGAACUCGUUUAACCAUUUAACUGUCUGACAUACUAGUAUGCAGGUGCAGGUACUGUGUCCAAUGUACUAAUUUACGGGUGUUGGUACUUUGUCCAAUGUACUAGUAUGCAGAUGUUGGUACUGUGUCCGACUUACAGUGGAACCCCAGUUUUCGCACUCCCCAGUUAUUGGACGAUUCGCUUUUAGAACCAGUUUUUGUGUGAAAUUUUCCUCCAGAAAUCGCAUGUAUCUGAUGCCACUUCAGUCUGGCUCUGUCACUGGUUGAAUGAGCAUUCAUCUGAAACAUUUUAUAAUUCUUGUGCUUGUUUAUUGAUUGUGACUGUAAAAUAAGCCACCAUGGGCCCAAAAAAGUUCCUAGUGCCAGCCCUUUGGUAAAGGGCUGAGAGAGAGGGGAGAAUGUGCCUUCUUCAGUGAUUCUACAAUAUGUACAAUACUAAAGUAGCAGGAGUCAGUAAAGGCUAUAGUGCCAGGCAGCAAUGAAGUGUAGCAUUAACAGUGUAGUAAGUAAGUUAAUGAUUCAGCGAUAGAAAAAUGAUGACACGAAACUUAACUCCUCCAUUGUUGUUUGAGAUAUGUAGGGCCACUGAGAACACCGCCACCACCACUACUAUACAGCUUAUGCUCUCAGUGGCCCUUGUAAACCCAACACCACCACCACCACCACCACCACCACCACCACCACCACUCCACAUACGUAAUGACAUAUUUUAUUAAGAUAAGAUUGUGUUUGGAUUUUUAACCUCGAAGGGUUAGCCAUCUAGGAUAACCCAAAAAAAGGCAGUGCGUAAUCAAGGACUGUGUGUCUUAUUAUUUCCAUUGGGGUCCUCAAUCUUGUCCCCCAGGAUGCGACCCACACCAUUCGACUAACGCCCAAGCACCUACUUGCUGCUAGGUGAACAGGACAAUGUGUGUAAGGAAACUCAUCAAAAUGUUUCUACCCCGCCGGGAAUCGAACUUGGGCCCUUUGUGUGUGAAGCGAGAGCUUUGUCAACCAGGCCACGGGGCCUGGCUGGUUUCUAUGUUAUUAUGUCAUAUUAGAUCAGUUGUGAUAGAUAAAUAAGCCGUAGAGUUGAUAGUGUCAUAUUGUAGGAGUAUUUUGUCCUGCCUCCAAACACUCUCUGCCUCUGCCACCAUUAGCCUCAUACGUAAUGACAUAUUUAAUUCAUUCAGGUUUCUGUGUUAUUUAUAUUGUUUAUGUCACAUUAGAUCAAUUAUGAUAGACAAAUAAGCCAUAGAAUUGAUAUUAGUGUCAUAUUCUUUAAAAAAUUAAUUUUUUGUAAAUAUUUUUGUGUGUUUGGAAUGGAUUAAUUGCAUUUACAUUAUUUCUUAUGGGAAAUAUUGAUUCAGUUUUCGCAUGUUUCAGUUUUAGAACGAUCUUCUGGAACAGAAUAAGUUUGAGAACUGGGGUUCCACUGUACUAGCAUGCAGAUGUUGGUACCGUGUCUGACAUACUGGUACACAGAUGUUGGUACUGUGUCCGAUGCACUAGUACGCAGAUGUUGGUACUGUGUCCGAUGUACUAGUACACAGAUGUUAGUACUGUGUCUGACAUACUUGUACACAGAUGUUGGUACUGUGUCCGACGCACUAGUAUGCAGAUGUUGGUACUGUGUCCGAUGUACUAGUACACAGAUGUGACUAUUGUGUCUGACAUACUAAUUUGCAGGUGUUGGUACUGUGUCCACCAUACUAGUACGCACCAUUUUUUGUACCCACAAAUCUGCCACCUGCCAAUAUUUUUUACCUCAGGGCAAGUCUUUGGGUUUUCUUCCAUCUAUUCAUAUCUAAGGCCAGCAGGGACCACACAAUGUAUCAUGGUUAACUACUCAGGUGAUGACUGCAUGUCUGACGCACUAGUACGCCUCACUAGCUCAAGAGUAAACAGAAGAACCAGGAGAUGUUGUUCUACCACCAGCUUCGGUCCAAAUUUGUUAGUUUCCUGAUACUAUCAGUGGAAUUCAGCCACAAAACACACUAGAAUAGUAACCCAGGAUAACCCAUUAAAGUCAAACAAUGUACAGUGGACCCUCGCCUAACGAAUGCAUCGUAUAACAUUAAAUUCGCCUAACGAUACAUUUUAACACUAACAUUUUGCCUCGGCUAACGCUAAAAAACUCGCCUAAUGAUAUUCGUUCUUGGGUACCAAUUAAUAUCGUUAGGCGAGGGUCCACUGUAAAUAAUUUCCAUGUUUUGAUGAAUAUUAUACUCUAAAAUGAGUGUAAAUAUUUUAAGUAUUAAUUAUACAUAGCCUUAGAAGACCGAAAUAGUAGAAAAAAAUUCAUAAAAUAACAGUUAUAAAGUAUAUACAUAACCCAGUAAAGUCAAUCAAUAUUACUUAUUUCCAUGUUUUGAGGAGUAUUACAUUUUGAAACAGUUGUAAUGUUAAAAGUAUUCCUUGUACAUAGCCCUAGAAGACCAAAAUAGUAAAAUAAAUAAAAAGAAAAACCAGUCACACAUUAUAGAUACCAAUUAUUCCAAAUGAAGCAAUGUUGGAAGUGCUAAAACACCUUGAAACACAUAUAAUAUUAUAAAAAAAAUGAGUAUAUAUAAUGUUAAACAUUAAAAGCAGUUAAAAAAAAAAGAAAAACAAUUAUAUAUUAGCGUGAAUAAUUGUAAAAUGUCAGCAUCGCUGGUGCUUUAAUGCCAUUGUUGCUGAUUAGUGAUCAUUUGUUCACAAACUUCAACAUACUAUAAAAUCUUAAGUAAUUAUCAGA